GUCAAGCGACGUCCCGUCGUCUGAAGAUGUCCCGCUGUCUCAGCGUGUUUAUUAAGUUUGCCCUGGGUCGCCCCCAGAGGGCAAAUCCAAGGUUUUUCUCCCCCGGGCGCGGGCUGAGCAGCAGAGUUGUCGUGAGCUCGUUAACCGGAGAUGCCCAGGCCAGACAACAUCAGAGAUGGUGCAGCAGACCCGGAGUGUGGCGCUCCCGGCACGGUGGCUUGGCCCUGAACCAGUACAUGUACUACAGCUCCCAGGAGGCUGAGAAAGCCUCUGAAGAGGAGCCUCUGCAUACCAUCAUCAGUGAUACAGAGAAUGUGGAAGGUAGCUUCUUCAAACAUGAGUUUCAAGCUGAGACUAAAAAGCUGCUGGACAUUGUAGCAAGGUCCCUGUACUCUGAGAAGGAGGUGUUUAUCAGGGAACUGAUCUCCAAUUGUAGUGAUGCCCUGGAGAAGCUACGUCACAAGCUGAUCACAGGAGGAGGAGACACCGCUCCUAUGGAAAUCCACCUGCAGACUGAUUCUGCCAAGGGCACCUUCACCAUCCAGGACACAGGAGUUGGAAUGAAUAAAGAAGAGCUUGUGGCCAACCUGGGGACUAUCGCCCGCUCCGGUUCCAAGGCAUUCUUAGAUGCCCUGCAGGACCAAGCCGAAGCCAACAGCUCCAUCAUCGGUCAGUUUGGAGUGGGCUUCUAUUCUGCCUUCAUGGUGGCCAACCAGGUGGAUGUCUACUCUAGGUCUGCUGAACCUGAUGCACCCGGAUACAAGUGGUCGUCCGAUGGCUCUGGGGUGUUUGAAAUUGCUGAAGCUAGCGGCGUCAGACAAGGAACGAAGAUUGUGCUGCAUUUCAAGGAUGACUGCAAAGAGUUCUCUUCUGAGGACCGAGUUAAAGAGGUUGUAACAAAGUACAGCAACUUUGUUAGCUUCCCCAUCUUCCUGAAUGGACGUAGACUCAAUACGUUGCAGGCACUUUGGAUGAUGGAGCCAAAGGAAAUCAGCGAAUGGCAACAUGAGGAGUUCUACCGUUAUGUGGCCCAGGCCUACGACAAGCCCCGCUACACCCUGCACUACCGCGCAGAUGCCCCACUCAACAUCCGAAGCAUUUUCUACGUCCCAGACAUGAAGCCGACUAUGUUUGACGUGAGCAGAGAGAUGGGCUCCAGCGUGGCUCUGUACAGCAGGAAAGUGCUGAUUCAGACCAAGGCGACCGACAUCCUGCCCAAGUGGCUGCGUUUCCUCAGAGGUGUAGUGGACAGCGAGGACAUCCCCUUGAAUUUGAGCAGAGAGCUGCUGCAAGAGAGCGCCCUCAUCAGGAAGCUCCGCGAUGUGCUGCAGCAGAGGGUGAUCCGGUUCCUGCUGGACCAGAGCAAGAAAGAGCCAGAGAAAUACAGCAAGUUCUUUGAGGAUUACGGCCUCUUCAUGAGGGAGGGUAUCGUCACCACCCAGGAGCAGGAUGUCAAGGAGGACAUUGCAAAGCUGCUGAGGUUCGAGUCCUCUGCGCUGCCGGCAGGCCAGCAGACCAGUGUCAUGGAGUACGCCUCCCGCAUGAAGGCUGGCACACGCAACAUCUACUACCUUUGUGCCCCCAACCGCCAUCUGGCAGAGCACUCCCCCUACUAUGAGGCCAUGAAGCAGAAAGAUAUGGAGGUGCUGUUCUGCUACGAGCAGUUUGACGAGCUGACCCUGCUCCACCUCAGGGAGUUUGACAAGAAGAAGCUGAUUUCUGCGGAGACAGACAUCGUGGUCGACCACUACAAGGAGGAAAAAUUCCAGGACAGCAAGCCGGCCUCUGAGCGUCUGACAGAAGAGCAGGCUGAGGACCUGGUAGCCUGGAUGAGGAACGCUCUGGGUCCCGUCAUCACCAACGUGAAGGUGACCCCUCGUCUGGAUACCCACCCAGCUAUGAUCACAGUGCUGGAGAUGGGUGCCGCACGACACUUCCUGCGCACCCAGCAGCUGGCCCGCAGCACCGAGGAGAGAGCUCAGAUACUGCAGCCUACACUGGAGAUCAACACCGGGCAUGACCUGAUCAAGAAGCUACAUGCACUUAAGGACAGCAACUCUGAAUUGGCAAGACUGCUGCUGGAACAGAUCUACGACAACGCCAUGAUCACAGCAGGCCUUAAUGAUGAUCCCAGGCCCAUGAUUUCCCGUCUCAACGACUUGCUGACCAUGGCGCUGGAUAAGCAUUAAGGGCCCACGGUACACAUAGACAUGAACAGUACAGGUUUGCAUGGGCUUUGGUGAUAAUGGCGUCUGUAGCAAACCUUCCCCUGUGGGCCCUACACAGCUUACUCCCAUCUUCAGUCAGCACCACAAGCCGGGUUUCCUUUCAGAGCCCUGUAAUCCUCUGCCCCUUAUAUGGAAACAGUCCAAGUUACAGGAUACUUCAGAUCCUCUCAUGAAGAGUCCAGAAAGGCCUUCCGGGUUUGGAUUAAGGGAAGAUGGACUACUAGAAACCUUUUCCAUAGCAUCUCUGGCAACAGUCAUUAUUUUAUUUUUGUAAGGUUCGACUUCGGUGCCAUGAAGCAGAUCUGCAUGCUGAGAACGGGUUACUUCUGUGGCGUGUUUUAUGGCUUUGACGUCAAGGGGCUGCCGGUAAAACCGAUAUGUUCAGGUGCGUCGUGUCUUAGAAGUUCAAGUAUCAAUUUGCCCAAUUUCAUUUUUAUGGAUUAGUUUUUGUUUUGUUUUUUACUUUUGUUUUUUUACCCCCUCAUUUGAUGUUCGGUUUUAUUGCGGACUUUCAGCGAGCUCUGCGUUUUGAGUUUUCCUCUCGGAUUUGUGUGUUACGCUGCCUCAGUGUAAAGGAAACAUUUCUCCAAGUGUUACGAAUGUUUGUUAAUAAAUAGGUUGGGGGUUUUUUUUUUACCCUUAGAUGAACAUUUACUUAUCAGGAAUCGGUUCUUAAGUGGUGACUUAACAGUUCUUUAUGCAUUGACACUUUUGGCCCCGCUAACUUCACUGUAAACCAGUUAUAAACAUAUACAGAUGUACUGUGAGCACAGCGUUUGUUUAACCAUCAUGGCGUCUGAAUUGCUUUACCAGUCAACACAAUGUCGCCCUAUGAUUUAUGCUACACACAAUAA